AUGAUGUUGUAUUGCUGUGAGCCACUCAUUACAGCCACACAGGUGACUCUCAAACCCCUCGAGAAGGUACACAACCAAGCAUUACGACUAAUUACUGGAGGGAUAAAAUCAACACCCAUUGAUGCUAUGCUCAUAGUUACAAAAAGCACCACAAUAUUUUCCCUUAUCAAAGAAAUGGCCUUGAUCCUGUAUGAGAAGCUACUGCGCAUUCCCAUGGACAAGUUCUUCAGCACCUAUGAGAAUAGACCAAGACAUCUGAAAACGCAAUCUGGUCUAAUACAGAAAGCCAUAGAACUGAAGAAAGCAUUACAAAUCGAUGACAAACCAAAAAGCCUCUCUCUCCCCAUGAACCCUUUAGCAGACAUUGAUGUAGUGUGUUGCACCCAACUGCUCGAUUUCUUCAGGAAAUCAAACACCCCUCCAGAGCAAAUGCGCCCACUGGCCCUUGAGACAAUCAAUUUCGACUAUCCUGCAGAUCAAUGGCUCCAAGUCUUCACUGAUGGGUCACACAUAGAAAGCCAAGCAAACGUUGGUGCAGGUGUCUAUUCUGAACUCUUCUCUUUCUAUGCAGCAGUGGGAGAUAAUAGAUCCGCUUUUGAAGGAGAAAUUGAAGCUAUUAGGAUAGCCCUAUGCCAAUUAUGUGGCCUGGAUACGAAAUUCACCAAAGCGGUGAUACAUUCGGACUUACAGUCAGCAAUAGACUCUAUUGGAAACAGAGAGACACCCAAAACAGCUGAGACAAAGGAGUGUAGAAAAUUCUAUGAGCUGCUGAGAGAGAAAAACAAAACAGUGGUCCUACAAAGGAUUCCUGGUCAUUGUGGCAUUAAAGGCAAUGAGCUUGCUGACACACUUGCUAAGAAGGGGACAACGAUUUUGCAAUGCAUGGACCGGCCCAUGUCUUUUCACACAAUGAAGGUCUUAAUCAAGAGAGAAUUCCAUACCUCAAGGAGCAACGAAAUUAAAGCUCGAACAAAGGAGAAACAGUGGACAGUGCCAAUCACCGACAUACCCGACUGGCCAAGAAUCGAAGCCGUUGCUGAGUUUAGACUAUGUACCGGACACGAUUGCUUGGCAAAACACCUUCCCAACAACCCACAUGCCCUCCAUGUAACCUACAGGAGGAAAUGGAGAAGACCCACCUGA